AAACCCCUUGUCGGUUUCCAUCUCGAUCUGAAAAUUGAGAUGAUCUAGGGUUUUGAUUCAAUUCAAUGCACAGUCAAACAUCAUGCUCCUGAAAUCGCUCACCUAAUUCAGGAUCAAACUCUUCGAUCGGAUCCAUAAACACGCACUAUCAUACGAUGAAUCUGAAAUCCGCACAAGGUUCGUCGUACAGAGAUCGAACACAUGAGUUUUCCGCCAUAACUGAGAGGUUAAGAAAAUCGUCAAAUGGAGCGAACAACGGCGGUGGUGGUGGUAGUGGUGGUGCUGGAGGAUCAUCUAAAGCUGACGGAUCGAGAUCGAAGGUUGCGUUUCAGACGGAAUUCAACAAGAGAGCUUCCAAAAUUGGGUACGGGAUUCAUCAGACGUCGCAGAAGCUUGCGAAACUUGCGAAAUUGGCAAAAAGGACCUCUGUUUUUGACGAUCCAACGAUGGAGAUUCAAGAACUGACAGCUGUCAUCAAGCAGGAUAUUACCGCCCUUAAUGCAGCUGUUGUCGAUUUGCAGCUUGUUUGCAAUUCACAAAAUGAAAAUGAAAGCAUUUCAACUGACACAUCUACCCAUUCAACUACAGUUGUUGAUAAUCUGAAGAAUCGUCUGAUGGGGGCCACAAAAGAGUUCAAGGAAGUCCUUACUAUGCGAACAGAGAAUUUGAAGGUUCAUGAAAACAGAAGACAGUUGUUUUCUGCAAAUACUUCAAAAGAUUCCGCUAAUCCAUUUGCCCGCCAACGUCCCAUAGCUAACAAAUCAACUUCUAAUGCUUUAACUUCACCGCCUCCUUGGGUUAAUAACUCCUCAAAUUCAUCACCGCUAUUUCCCAGGAAGCAGGCCGAUGGAGAAUCUCAGCCAUUGCUACAACAGCAACAAGGUCAACAACAGCAACAGAUGGUCCCACUACAAGAUAGUUACAUGCAGAGUAGGGCUGAGGCUCUUCACAAUGUUGAGUCAACCAUUCACGAGUUGGGUGGCAUUUUUACACAGUUGGCAACCAUGGUUUCUCAGCAAGGGGAACUUGCAAUAAGGAUCGAUGAGAACAUGGAAGAUACCCUAGCAAAUGUAGAAGGUGCACAAGGACAACUUAUGAGGUACCUCAAUAGCAUAUCAUCCAACAGGUGGCUUAUGAUAAAGAUAUUUUUUGUAUUAAUUGUAUUCCUUAUGAUUUUCUUGUUUUUCGUCGCCUAAUUAAUGUUUCAUGUCGAUUUUGAUCGUCUAUCACAUAGUUGCAUAUCCAUUGUGACAUCUGUUUUUGAUUGUACCUUUCACGUUGAUAGUUGUAAACUAGUUCGUGACCCGCAUAAUUACUCUCUUUAAUUUCACAUUGAUCACUACUUCGAUA